AUGUUUAAUUUUAUGAAAAAAGGUGUGGUUGGCGUGGGGGGCAGUGGCGGAGGGAGUAACAACAGUAACAACAACAAUCACGGGGGCUCCGGUGGCACCGGAAGCACCGCACUGUCGCCCUCGUCCGGGCCGGCAGGGUUCGUACACUCCGUCAUCAGUAGCGUCGGUGGCGAUGGCGGCGACGACAAGGAUCGCCGGAAGAAGGAAAAAAAGGCCCGCAAGGACGGUAAACAGUUGCUGCUGGGUGGCGGCGGGACGACCGGUAGCCACUCCGGCAGCAUGAGUGCGGAAGAGCUGUUGCGAUUGGAUGAGGUUCGCCGGUCGCUAAAGAUACGUGGUCGGCGGAAAGAGAAGGAAAAGCUUCCGAGUGGCAUCACGGCCGACUACAGUGCGUCGUUCUUUGCGCAACUGGACGUUGACCACCGGGAGUUGGACCGCGGUACGGAGGAAGUGCUGGCCGUGGCCAAUACAACGACCUACAUCGACCGCAACGGAGAAAUGGUGGAGCGGGUGUCGUUUAGCAGCACCACAACCACCCUACAGCCUACUUCGCCGCACAGCGAGACCGGCUACUCGUCGGAUCAUCAGCCGCAGCUACUGCAUCCGGGUGGUGGCAGUAAGACCCAGCCGCCGGUUCCUCCACGGCCACCGAAGCGCGGGAUACUGAAGGGAUCGCGAGCGAACCUGGCAGCCGACGGUCUCAAUUCGAGUGCAACUUCGCCAUCGAACCAUCAUCAUGGGUUGCCAGGAUCGGCGGCACUCCUGCAGCUACUGGCCUCACCGUCGCCCAGUGCCGACAGCCUGACGGACACUACGACGACGACGACGAACUCUUCGUUCGCAACGCCCCCCUUUUCACUCAGCCCGGUCGGGGAGUCACAGGGAUACGACGGUCGCAUUGGACGCGUCUUCCCGUUCGACGAGCGCAUCCUACCCGUCAACGGAGGCAUCAUGCUGUCGUUACCUCCCAUUACCGUGCAGCCCCUACCGGCGGCUCGCAUUCUAACGAUUCAGCGCCAGAAAAGCCCACGGAACGAUUUCGGUUUCAGUCUCCGGAAAGCAUUCGUUCUCGAUCGGCCACCACCGGUCAACGGUGAGCGAACGCCACCGCCUGCCCGCCGACUGCGGGCGAUCAUCUUUGCGGAACCCAGCUCAUCCGGCACCGUUCAGACGGGCCUGCUGCCCGGUGAUCGAUUGCUGGAGGUGAACGGGCAGCCAGUCGAGGAGCUGAGCCGCGAAACGAUCAUCGAGAUGAUCCGGAGCAGCGGAGACUCGGUCACGGUGAAGGUGCAACCGAUCGCGGAGUUGAUAGAACUUUCCCGCCGCUUCGUUACCGCGGCCACGACGGCCACGGAUUGUAGCACCCUGAAGCGUAGCGCAAGCAGACGGUUCCUUCACUCGCACCGACCACACCUCGGACCGACGGGGGCACCGUUCGGGGAGGGAGGUGGCUCGGUGGGACGUGUGUGGUUGCUUCAUCGCGGUGGCUUUACGGCCGCUCGGCGGCAACAGCUGUCCCCGUCGACGGUUCCGAUGCCCUCGCACCACCAUCAGCAGCAGGCGGGCAAAGUGUGGGUACGACUCGAGGCACCCAACGGUGCCGGUGGCGGUGAGGAGCUGCUGAUCGACGAGGACGAUCUCGAGGUGGCGAACGCGGCCGCGUACGAUCUGGUCGAGGAUCUGUGCCACUUGCCGCACCUGAACGAAUCGUCCGCCCUGCACGUGCUACGGCAGCGGUACGCCAACAAUCUAAUACACACCCGAGCCGGCCCGGUCCUGUUGAUCCUCAAUCCGAUGGCACCGCUGGCGCUCUACUCGGAGAAGGUGGCUUCGAUGUUUCGCGGGUGCAAAGCGGAGGACGAUAUGCCGCCGCACAUUUUUUCGCAGGCGCAAACCGCGUACCGGGCUGCACUCGAGACGCGCCGCGAUCAGAGCAUCAUCUUUAUGGGUCGAUCCGGUGCGGGCAAAACGACCAACUUCAAACACGCCCUGUACUAUCUGACGCUGGCCACGGGCGGCGCGGCAGGUGGGGUCGCUGGUCGCGCUCUGACGGUGGAGAAAGUCAGCGCCAUCGGAGCGAUCUUGGAUGCGUUUGGCAACGAGCGGACGGCACUGUGUGCGAAUGCGACAAAGUUUGCGCAAAUCUUUGCCCUCGACUUCGAUCACGCCGGUCAGUUGGUGGCGGGUUCGAUUCAGGUGCUGCCCAUCGACCGCAUGAGACCUUCCGGGGCAGUCGGUGCCCCUCGGUGGAGCUUCCUGUCCGGCGUGGAUGUGGGGGCCCUGCGAAAGGAACUGUUGCUGGAACCGCUCGCCGGUGCGACGGCGGGCAGGGGCGCUAGCGUACAGCAGGAAACGAUCGAUUAUCAACGUUUGUGUCAAGCGUUCCGUGUGCUGAAUGUCGACCCGCUGGCGGUGCGCGGUGUGUGGCACGUGCUGGCGGCCAUCUAUCAUCUCACCCAGUCUGGAGCCGUGACGGUGGCCGGUCGGGUGCAGUUCGUUAAUCCACGCGCAGCCCAGAAAGCCGCAGCACUGCUCGGAAUUCCGAUGGACGAACUGCUGACGUACGUGUUUCCCGAGGUGGCCAACGGCGGAGGUGGCGGUGGAACGGGAGCCCCGAAAGCGACCACCACCGCUUCAUCGUCCGCGGUGGCAACGGAAGCACUGAACGCGUUCAGCGAAGCCCUCUACACCGAACUGUUCUACACGAUCGUGGGGCUGAUCAAUAAAUCGAUCAUGGCCGCCACUCCGCAUCAGACGAUCGGCUCGGUGCUGCUGGUCGAUGUGCCCGGCUUCCAGAACGUGGCCAGUGUCGCCAGUGCUGGUGACGUUGGCGGUAUCAGCACGCUGGCCGAGCUGCGGUUUAACUAUCUUCACGAGCGGCUCCAGCUUCUGUUUCACAACGCGAUGUUGGUGCAACCGCGCCAUCGAUACGCCCAGGAGAUGGUGACCGUCGACGCGGAUCCAUUGGCGGCGCCCGAUGGUGCUGGCAUAACAUCGGGUGGGCCCGCUCCGAUGGUCGCACUGCUCGACAAGAUACCGCAGAGUCACGAGCCACGCAAAGGAUUGCUGUGGAUGCUGGACGAGGAGCAACUGCUGAACCCGGCGCACCUGCACCACACGGCGGCAGCAAACGGCAACGGUGGUGCGGUCGAUGAGUUCGACGAUGAUCCAGCCGGCGAUCGUGAUGCGCGGUUUAUGGAGCGUCUGUUCGCGGCGUACGGCGAUCGAGAAGCGCGUGAGACGCUGCUACUGCGGGCCAGUGUCCCGAGCGGGGCAUGUGACGUCGUGCUGCAGCAUCUGCUCGGUACCAACCCGGUGCUCUAUUCCGUGUCAAGCUGGCUCAAGGAAGCGGCCGCCCAGGCACACUACCUGCCCCAGCGCGCCCUGAACUGUCUGCGUGACAGCACCAAGGCGGAAGUGAGCGGAUUGUUUGUGGGCACGCUGGGAGGUGCGAUGGAAUCAUCGUACGCCUUCGGGGGAUCGUCGCAGCAGCUGCACCAACAGUCCUUGCGACGUAUGAGCAGCAUACGGCGGACGAACGCCUACACCGCGGGCAGCGGGUUCCCCAAGCGCAACGGGGUGGUGGUGCAGGUGAAGUACACCGUCGACUGCCUGAUCGAUACGUUGCGCCGCACCGGGACCCACUUUGUGUACUGCUACCUACCGCAGCACAAUGGUGGCACGGCACUGCCGGGGGUCGGUGAGCCACCGGCGGGGUCCGAAGUGAUCAGGCGGACCGGCGAGGAGGACCUCAUCAACAUUCCACUGUUGCGAAGUCAGCUGCGGGGCUCGCAGAUGCUCGACUUUGCCCGGCUAUACCGUUUGGGUUUCCCGAUCAAUGUGCCACUCGGCGAGUUUGUGAUCCGUUUCGGACUGCUAGCGGAUGGAGCUGGCGGAAGUACCGGUGGUAGCGUCGGAUCCGGACCCGGAGCACUGGCGGUGGGUAGUGGCAGUGGUGGCGGCGACGAGCCCGCCACGGUGGACAGCAUUCUCAGCAACUGCGAGGUCGAUUCGUCCGUGUACCGCAUCGGAACCAGCCAGGUUUUCUUCCGUUCCGGUGUGUUGGGUGCGCUCGAGGCGAAACGCGACGAGCUGCUGUCGGAUCGGGUGAUCCAGUUGCAGGCCCACUGCCGCGGUUACCUGGCCCGAAGGCGUCUCGCCCGUCGCCGGCUGCAGGAGUUGGCGGUCCGGUGCAUUCAGCGGAAUGUGCGCGCCUUUCUGAAGGUGCGCGACUGGCCCUGGUGGCGGUUGCUGGUCCGCGUGAUGCCGCUGCUGGCCGUCCACCGGACGGAGGAGCAGCUCGUGGCGGCCACCGCCGAGCUGCAGCAGGUGCGCGCCAAGCUGGAGCGGAUCGAAGCCGAACGGAACGAGCUGAAAACGGCCAACCACAAGCUGGAGGCACGGCUAAGCGACCUAACUUCCGAGCUGACGGAGGAACACUCCUCUUCGAACCUCAUCACCGAGCGGCUCGCCUCGGAAACGUCCGAACGGUUGCGGCUGGAGAAGGAGGUCAAGGAAUACGAAUCAAAGUACCGCAAUCUGCAGGAGUCCUCGGAGAAGAUGGAGAUGGAGCUGCUGUGCGCCAAAUCGGAGCUAAACUAUGACUUUGACGACUGCAGCACCGUCGGGGGCGAGUACGACGGGCUGGAAGGCGGGCUCGAGCGCGACGGAGGAUUGGCCGACGGGGAGGUAGCGAAGAGUUACCGACUGCGGUACGAGCGGGUCGCCCGGGAGCUCGAGUUUACGAAGAAGCGCCUGCAGACGCAACACGAACACGAUCUGGAGCAGCUGGUGGGUCUGAAGAAGCAGCUCGAGAAGAAGCUCGCCGAUGCGUACGAACAGGUCGAGGAGCAGCGCGGUGUCGUGGCGCAGUGGAAGCGAAAGGCCCAGAAGAUGACCAACGAGAUGAACGAUCUGCGGUUGCUGUAUGAGGAGCAGAGCAGCCGCAACAAUCUGCUCGAGAAGCGGCAACGAAAGUUCGAUGCCGAGUGCCAAACGCUGCAGGACUCGGCGCGCCAGGAGCGGCAGGCGAAGGAGCGGUUGGCGCGCGAGAAGGACGUGCUGAUGGCGGAAAAGUGUAAGCUUGAGCAGAAUCUGUCGGACGUGAAGCUGGAGCUGGAGCUGAAGGAGGAAAAGAACACGGCCCUGCAGAACGAGCUCGACGAGAUGAUGUUCGGUGGCGGCACCGAGGAAGAGAUUGCGCAGCUGAAGCGCCAGAAGCUCGAGCUCGAUCGGCGCUGCAAGGAGCAGGACGAGGAAUUGGACGAAAUGGCCGGCCAGAUACAGCUGCUCGAGCAGGCCAAGUUGCGGCUCGAGAUGUCACUGGAAACGUCACGCAAGGAGGCACGCAAGGAAGCGCAGCAGCGUGACGACGAGAUGGAGGAGGUGCGUGGUGCUUCGUACAAGAAGGUGAAGUCACUCGAGUGUCAGCUCGAGCAGGAACACGAAGAGCGAACGCUGCUGUUGCGCGAAAAGCACGAACUCGAGCGGCGCCUGAGCAGCCUGGAGGAUCAGGACCGGGCGGAGCGUGCGGCCGAGGAAGCGAUGAUGCAGAAGAUGAAGCGCGACAACCGCAAGUACCGGGCGCUGCUGCGUGACGCCCAAAGUCAGCUCGAGCGGGCGAAGGGAGACUCGGCCGGGAAAGCACUGGUGCGCCAGCUACGGAACCAGCUCGAGGAUGCGGAAUCUGCGCGCGCCGUGGCCGUCAAGUCACGCCAGACACUCGAAGUGGAACUGCAGGACGCGCAGAUGUUGAUCGAAGAAACGGGUCGGGCCCGGAACGAGGCGGAAGACAAGGCUUCGGUGGCGUUGCGCGAUCGGGCCGAGCUACAGGGUCAGCUGGACGAGAACGAGGAGGAGCUGGCGGAACUGAUGAAGAAGUACAGUGCCACGGUGAAGCAACUGUCCAGCGAGCAGACGCUGAUCGCCGAGUACGAACUGCGGCUGUCGGAGCUCGAGGGCGAGAAGCGGUCGCUGAAGGAACAGCUGGUGGAGCUGGCGGCCCGGCUCGAGAACGUGGAAACGAUCGGUGACUCGUCGAGCACCAUGCAGUUCAAGCGGUUGGAGCUGCGAACCAAAGAGCUCGAAUCGAGGCUCGAGUUCGAGCAGGCGACACGGGCCCGGAUCGAGAUUCAGCUCAACCGCCACAAGGACUCGCUCGAGAAGCUGCAGGGCGAUCUAAUGCAAGCGCGCAGUCGCGAAGCGCAGGCCCAGGAUUCGGUGAAGAAAUCGCAGAAAACGAUACGCGAGCUGCGCGAGGAACUGUCGGCGCUCGGAAACCGCGACCAGGAGAACCUCACCAAGCGCAAGGAGUUGGAGAAGCGCAUCGAAACGGCCGAAUCCGAAACGACGUCAGCGCGAGCGGACCUUCGUCUGGCGCUGCAGCGAAUAGCCGAUCUGCAGCAGGCGAUGGAAGAAGAGGGCGAUUCGUACCACUCGGACAGCGAUGCAAGCGACAGUUCGUCGUCGAUGGAUUCGUUCCACGAGUCGACCGUAACUCGCAAAUCAACGAGCACGGGCAGCGGCGGAGGCGGUGAUCCUUUCGGUGCAACGAACGGCAGUCUCGGCGGUAGCCGCGGAAGCGCAAGCCUCAGCGGCGGUGGUGCGCGAGAUGCUCGCAAGGAAAGCAAUAAUCCUAGGAUACGCCCAUGUCUGAUCGGAAGUGUGCGCCGCAAGAAACGCUUACACCCCACCAUCACGGAGGAGGACGAAGGUUUCGAAACGGACGACCACGCGACGGGAAAAUCGUCUCCCCAAGAGAGUGAACCAAGCUCAAUGGUAUCAGUGGCUGGUUCGGACACAAGCGACGAUCGGCCUACGGACCACCAGCCUGUGGUUGGUGAAAGCGGCCAAAAGCCAACCGACCGAUCGCUCCCUAGUGCGGGCGACAUUACCUCCGGAGCUAGACUGUCAACUGACCAGCAGGAGCAGCAGCAGAACUCUGAUGGAACGGGCGGUAGUGCCGAGUCGAGAGAAUUUCCGUUCGAUAUCAACACAUUGAAAUCGAUCAAGGAGAAAAUCCACUCGCUCAAUCAGAUCAUUCGCGACGAAUCGCACGAUUCCGGGGCGGAGAUCGAUCUGGUGGAUCUGAAGAACCUCAAGAAUCAGAUACACGAGUUCAAGAAGGCGAUCGAAUGCAGCCGAUCACGGUCAAUGGACAAGAUCGCCACUGGUGGUGGGGCGCUAGCUGCCGCUGUGAUAACGACAUCAGCCUCGACCGGGUCGGCCCCAGCCGGUGGCACCGACACAACCAAAUCCUGCUAA